CGAUACGUCACGAAAUACGAAAUUUGUUUUCGCUUUCGGUUUCGGUGACCAACGGUGAUUUUUGUAAUUUGUUUAUUUUUUUUGUUCUCGGAAGUCUGAAAGUCAAGAUAGUUUUAAAAGAUAAAAACUUGUCUUGUUGGAUGUUUGUAAGACAAUUCAAUACUUGAAGUUUAAGGUCAACUGAAGCAGGUUAUCACUAUCGGCAAUAAUUAUUAAACUGACUAGAUUACUGAAGUAAGUUAAAAAUACUUUACACGUACUCCGCAAUUCAAUGUAAAAGUCGGUGCGAUGUGGUUCAAUCGCGUUUGCGCUUUGCUAAUACUUCAAGUACUAUACGUACAGUGUACAUUUCAUCGAUAUCCCAAACUAAACCUCGACGUGCGCGACGAUGGCGACCCCGGCACGCCGCUGUUCCUCACGCCGUACAUCGAGAGCGGAGACGCGGCCGAGGGCCGGCUGCGGGCGCGGGUGCCGUUCACAGAGAGCUUACGCAUCAAGAGCUACGCGGGCUACCUCACUGUCGACAAAACGUAUGAUUCCAACCUGUUCUUUUGGUACUUCCCUGCGAUGAUAUCUAAAAAGAACGAUGCGCCUGUGAUUCUGUGGCUGCAGGGUGGCCCCGGCGCGUCCUCUCUGUAUGGGCUCUUCACCGAAAAUGGACCUCUCAGGGUGCGCAAGCGUAAGUUUGAAAGGAGGAAGUACAACUGGGCUUUGAGUCAUCAUAUCAUAUACAUAGAUAACCCUGUUGGAACCGGUUUCAGUUUCACGAAGGACCCCAAAGGGUAUUGUGUCAAUCAAACACAAGUCGGAGCACAACUUUACUCUGCUCUCUUGCAGUUCUUCCAAUUGUUCCCAGAACUGCAAAGUAAUAAGUUCUUUAUCACAGGGGAGUCUUAUGCUGGCAAAUAUGUGCCUGCAUUGGCCUAUACCAUCUAUAAAAAUAAUCCGACUGCAAAACUGAAAAUUAACUUGAAAGCUUUGGCUAUAGGAAAUGGGCUCAGCGAUCCUGAACAUCAGCUGGUGUACAGCAAAUACUUGUACCAGAUAGGGUUGAUUGAUUGGAAUCAAGCUCAAACAUUUGCUGAUGCAGAGAGUAAAGCGAUUCAGCUGAUCAAGGAGCAAAAAUGGGACAAAGCAUUUGAAGCCUUUGACACUUUACUGAAUGGUGACUUGAUCAAUGGAAAAAGUGUGUUCUACAACAUGACUGGCUUUGAAUUCUAUUUUAACUACUUGCACACCAAAGACUACAAGCAAUUUGAAGACUUUGGACCUAUGAUACAGACUAGCUCUGUAAGAAAAGCCAUUCACGUUGGAAAUUUAACAUUUAAUGUAGGAAAAGAUGUGGAAAACCAUUUGAAACAAGAUGUUAUGCAGUCUGUAGCGCCUUGGAUAUCUGAGCUUUUGGAUCAUUAUUAUGUGUUGAUUUACAACGGGCAGUUGGACAUUAUUGUUGCUUACCCUCUAACACUGAACUACCUGAGGAAUCUUAACUUUACAGGCAACAGUGAGUAUUUAUCAGCUAAAAGGUACCAGUGGUAUGUAGAUGGGGAACUGGCUGGGUAUGUGAAGCAAGGAGGGAAGCUGGUGGAAAUCAUGGUGAGGAAUGCCGGCCACAUGGUCCCUGGAGACCAGCCCAAGUGGGCUCUCGAUAUGAUUACGAGGUUGACUCACGAAAAAACUUUCACCCACAAAAAGAGGCAUCAUGUGUAAAUGGACAGAAUUUCUACAAUUUUCAGCUACUUUUAUUGGAAUAAAUAAAUUACAUUUUAAGAAUCUCAACUCCUAAUAAUAUAUAGAAAUAAGGUAAAACAUGGAAAUAAGCUCAUUUCAAUGAGGCCAUUGAUAUUUUGCUCAUCGCACAUCACAAUAAAUGUCCUAAAUAACAUUGUGUGAUUGUUAUUGCAAACUGAAUAAACAAUAAUGUAUGUUAUUAAAAUGAAUUCUUAACAAAA